AAACAAUACUCUCUCAUCUCUCAACUCAAGAUAAAGAUUUUAAGAAAAGCUCUUCAUUCAUUCCUCCUCAGUUCCCAUAUUUGUACACAGACCAUCUAUCAAAUGGCUAUUGAGAUUGAGCAAGCUUCAUCAGUUGAGCUAUCAAACAUUGCCAACUCCGAAACCCAUGGAGAAGACUCACCAUACUUUGCUGGAUGGAAAGCUUAUGAUGAGAAUCCUUAUGAUGAGUUCCAUAACUCCACUGGUGUUAUUCAAAUGGGAUUGGCAGAAAAUCAAGUUUCAUUUGAUUUGCUAGAGGAGUACCUAGAAAAUCAUUCAGAAGCAGUUAGCUGGGGCAAAAAGACUCCUAGUUUCAGAGAAAAUGCUUUGUUUCAGGAUUAUCAUGGACUCCAAUCUUUCCGAAAGGCAAUGGCAAGUUUCAUGGGAAAAAUUAGAGGGGGCAGAGCUAAAUUUAAUCCCGACAGAGUCGUUCUAACAGCAGGUGCAACAGCUGCUAAUGAACUCCUCACCUUCAUUCUAGCUAAUCCUGGUGAUGCAUUGCUAGUCCCAACUCCAUACUAUCCAGGAUUCGACAGAGAUAUUAGAUGGAGAACUGGAGUGCAAAUUGUACCCAUCCACUGUGACAGUUCAAACAAUUUCCAAAUCACUCCGAAAGCCUUGGAAGCCGCCUACGAAGAUGCAACAUCGAAGAACAUGAAAGUUAGAGGAGUCCUCAUAACAAAUCCUUCAAACCCUCUAGGCGCCACAAUUCAAAGAAAAGUCCUGGAACAAGUCCUUGACUUCGCGACAGCCAAGAACAUCCAUCUAGUCUCCGAUGAAAUCUACUCCGGAUCAGCCUUCUACGCCUCCGAAUUCAUCAGCAUUGCAGAAGUCCUAGCUGCCAGAAACUAUAAAGAGUCCGAAAGAGUCCACAUUGUCUACAGCCUCUCCAAAGACCUCGGCCUGCCAGGCUUUCGCGUAGGCACAAUCUACUCCUACAACGACAAAGUCGUGACCACAGCACGAAGAAUGUCGAGUUUCACCCUCAUAUCAUCCCAAACUCAGCACCUCCUGGCAGCCAUGCUGUCAGAUGAAACUUUCACAGAGAAUUACAUAAGAGAGAACCGAAAGAGGCUGAGGACUCGAUACGAGAUGAUCAUAAAAGGCCUGAGGAGGUCCGGUAUCGAGUGCCUAGAAGGGAAUGCAGGGCUCUUCUGCUGGAUGAAUCUGAGCCCAUUACUGGAGAAAAACACAAGAGAAUGUGAGCUAGAGCUCUGGACAUCUAUUCUCAAGGAAGUGAAGCUGAACAUUUCUCCAGGAUCAUCUUGUCAUUGUUCAGAAGCUGGAUGGUUCAGAGUCUGCUUUGCAAACAUGAGUGAGCAGACACUGGAUAUUGCACUCAACAGAAUCCGAGUUUUCAUGGAGAAGAGGAACAACAAGAUCCAUGCAUGAAGAACAGUAAUUAUAUUAAAUAUAUAAAUAUAUAUAUACACUAAAUGUUAAUUUCUUUUUUAUAUUAAUUUAUUUAAUUAUUUAUAAUUUUUGGGGUUAAGCUUAUAUAUUCCUGAUUUUUUUUAUGGCAAUUCCUUGUCCAAAAUUUUGGAUUGCCAGGAUACUGUAAAUCAGAAUAUACUGUAAUACCAGCAUCUUUUUUCUUGUUUAAUGCUUGUAAUAAGUUUUAUACAGUGAACAUGUGGUUAUAAAAUUCUCUUAUUAUUAAAA